AUGUCGUCUUUCAAUCAAAUCCAGACAGCGUGCGGUGCACUUGGUUAUUUCGAUGGAAAAACUUAUUUAAAAGACGAUGAUUGCGAAGAUGCACUACGCAUUCUCCUUCGUUGUCUUAAAUACGAAAACGAACGUAAAGAUGCGCGAGUACAAAUGUUAGAUUCAAAAAUCAUCGAAAACGAUCUCAUACCUAUUCUGAUACAUUUGAAUAGUAAACAUGAUCUGAAAAUUGUGCAUCAUGCCUUGAAAUUACUUGUGAAUUUAACCAAACCACCAUUGGUAUGUUUCGAUGGGAAACUACCGAAAGAUGUGGCAUUAACAAAUGUUUAUCUGAAUAUUGAAGCACAUUUACAAAAAACUAAAACGAGUUUAGCCAAUGAGAAACUGUUUACAUUUCUGGUCGACAAAGUUCAGCCUGUACUUGACAAAGACUGGUUGGAUCGCUCGGAUGACGAUGAUUUUAUUGUACAUGCCGUUUUUAUACUCGUGCGAAAUAUUCUAUCGAUUAAGUCGGAAAGACAAAUAUCAGAAGAAAGUGAUAUCAAUGCACAUGAUCUUGUCUUAUGGUCGAUUCACAAGAGUAAUAUGGAAAAUUUAAUCCUGUACUGUGGUAACAAAGCGCAAGGGGAUGAACGUAUUAUGAAUAUUCUUGAAAUUGUUGUUUUAAUGUUACGAGAACAAUCUGCAGAAGAAUUGGCUUGUACAGGCGAACAACAAACGAAAAAUAAACGCCAGAAAAACAAUGAAACGCUCGAUCUUCUCUAUGAACGUGAAGUAGCGGAGAAACAACAAUUAAAUAAACUAACUACUGGUCGAUCAGCAUUUGGUGGAGCUACAUAUGUUAUGUGUAAUGCGAAAGGCAUUGGCGAAAAUCAAUUGAUUUGCCAUCGACCAUUACAAAAUUUGAAUGCUAUGGAAUUCGAUCGCGAGAAACGCCGUUCACGCCGACCGAAACAUCGUGCACCCGUUAAAAAUGAUCUCGAUGAUUCUCAACACCACCAUUCGGCACUAGGCAUUCGAUUAUUUCUUCGAGAAUUCUGUUUGGCAUUCUUAGACAAUUGCUAUAAUAUACUUAUGCCUCGUGCUAGGGAAAUGAUCGUAAAAUCGACUUGUUUGCUUAGCGAUGAAACAAAUUUCUUCUGGGCAGUUCGAUUUUUUACAGAAUUUAAUCGACACGCACAUUCGUCGAUUGAUCGUAUUAGUGAAACACUGCAAAUGAGUACAUUUCAUUUACUUCAUACGAAAAUGGAUCAUUAUCGGGAAAUGAUCAAGAUCGACAAGCCCGAAGCUAAACUAUGGGCGAAAAGACUUCAAAUCGGAUUUGCAGCUUUUAAACAAUAUAUUCUCUGUGUGAAAUCAAUGUUAGCAAGUACCGACGAGUUGGUUACGCGCGCUGCAACGAUUAUCAAAAAUAAUAUAUUCUACAUGCAAGAAUAUCGUGAACAAAUCUAUCAGCUACUCCGUGAUUUUGACAAUACAAAGAUGAGCAGCAUAUAUCUGCAUGAUCUGGUUGAAAGCACUCAUGAGUUUCUGAAACUAUUGGAAGAGCAUACGAAUAAAUUAAAGCAUGUCUUCGUUCAACGCCGUCGAACAGCUCGCAAACCAACAACAAAGAAGAGUUCGAAGAAGAAGAAAGUACCAGUUGAUGAAAUUACUGAACCACCAAAUGAGCAACUGGAAGAAGAAUGGCAAAAUCAAGUCUCUGAACAGUUAUCGCGUUUACUACAAGGUUUAGAUGAACCAACAGUAAACAAAACGGAUAUAUGUCCAUUCGAUGCACUUUCGGAUGUUCCGGUCGAUGAUCAAAGUAUUACGGCUGUGGCUCGUAUUCAACAUGCACUACGCACCAAUAAAAUUGACGAAGCGAUCGCACUUUUUCGUGCAUCAAGAGAAGUUUGGCCGACGGAGAAAACCUUCGGUUACGAAGAUAUUGGAGCUGAGGAAGAAUUUAAUUUACUGCGAGAAAUUUUCAUGACAACGAAAAUGGAGAGUCUUCUACCGAAAAAUGCGGAUGAGGACGAUGAAAACGACGAAGAUGAACAUGACAACGAAGAGGCAGGCGGUGAACACGAAGAGGAUGAUCAAGAAUGCAUGCAUACCGUCGAACGAGAAGAAGAAUUCGAUUUUAAAAAAUUCAUUAUGCGUUUUGCACAUUCAAGCAUCUUGUCAGCCUAUAUUGAUGUACUUCGGACAUAUAAAAGCAAUACUCCGUAUCUGAAUCACUGCCUGAUUCGUAUGCUCUAUCGUAUAACAAUCGAUUGUAACUAUCCUGGCAUACUUUUUCAAAUGUCGUUAUUUCGUAUUCUGCAAAAAUUUCAUCUCGAUCCAAUGGCCAAAUCGCAACAAUUUUCGGAAUUGUCACAAUUUGGUACAUGGCUGUUACGUAAAUUCUUUCAAGCUGCACAAAAGAAUCCCUAUAUCUAUGCUGAAUUACUUUUCUGGAAAGAUCGAAGUAUUGUUGAAGAAAUGCUCGAAGGAUAUCGACAGCCAACUCGUGAAGAUGGUGGCGAAACUAAAACAAAAGCAGCUGCAUGGUCGGUAGAACAUCAAAUUGAAUUACGAGAUCUGUUUCGAAAGAUUAAGGACGAACAGACCGAAAACCUGGGUCGUGACAAAACUGAUAUUGUUGAUCAAAUUAUGUUGGAAUUAACAGAUAAAACCAAAUCCCGACGGCAAAUUAUCAAAGAAUUGAAAAAUCAAGAUUUGAUUAAAUCGACAAGAGAAUUAAAAUUGAAAAAAGCGCCGAGCCGUCGAUCGAAGAAAAAAGAUUUUCUCAACGAUUCAAACCAUUUUGGAUCUGAUUCCGAUGCUCCCAAUAUUGAUGAGGAUCACAACGAUGAAGAGGAGGAGGAGGAGAAGGACGAUCGUUCGAUUAGUAGUAAAUCAAGUGUAUCGGCACAGCAUGAUGAAAAAUCCAAUGAUUCAAAUGCGAAAUCAGCGAAACCUCGUGCUGAAGACUCUCCUAAACUCAUAGAAAAACAAGGUGAACCAGACGAUGACGGAGACGGAGAAGAAUCGUUACCAGUAUUAACAAAACAAAGUCGUAAAUAUGAUUCUUCUACAAUGUUUAACGACGACGAUGACGAUGACAACGAUGAUGAAAUAUUGUCAUCACGGCCAAUCAAGAAGGCACGUCGUCAAUUAGCAUCAUCAAGUGAAGACGACGAUUAA